AUCUUACUGAUAAAUAUAUCGACUCAUCGUUUUGAUAACUAGUAGCCAGCAAAUACAUCAUAUAAAUCUCUUUGGGAAAGAAAAGAAACUCACUACUUGAAUCGUUUUGUUAAUCAAUAUUUUCUUACUUUUACUGAGGUGAUAAUUCAAAUGAGCAGUUUUACUUUUACUUAAAUAAAGAUUAUUUUGAAGUAACAGUACUUUUACAUAAGUUCUGCCUUUGGCUACUACUCCACCUUUGGUUGAUUCUGAGUUUUGACUGUGAGAAUUUUGAUACACUUGGAACUCAGACUUUUGCUGUCAUGUGAACACAGAUCAAACCAGUCCUGUCCAGAACACCACAACCCAGAACCCCACAGCUCCCAGUGAACUGGUCCAGAACACCACAACCCAGAACCCCACAGCUCCCAGUGAACUGGUCCAGAACACCACAACCCAGAACCCCACAGCUCCCAGUGAACUGGUCCAGAACACCACAACCCAGAACCCCACAGCUCCCAGUGAACUGAUCCAGACCACCACAACCCAGAACCCCACAGCUCCCAGUGAACUGGUCCAGAACCUCACAGCUCAGACUGGAGGGAAUGUCAUUGCACCUGUUCUACAUGGAAAUGUGUUUCAUGGCUCAGUUCAUUUUCACUCUGUAGCUGAAUCUAGGCAUGAAGGUGCAGCAGGUGGAGGACAGGUAAUGAGUGAGAGUUCAGCAGCCUCUUAUACUACACUGACUGCAGAUGAACAACACUGCAUCAAGUUGAAGGACACUCUGAAAUUGAACUAUGAGCAUGUAAUUGAGAGCUCACAGACAGGUCAUCAGGAGUUCCUGGAAGAUAUCUACACUGAUCUCGUUAUAGUGCAGAAUAAAAGUGGAGGAGUCAUUAAUGAGCAUGAAGUGAUGCAAAUAGAGAUGUCUCCCAAUAAAGCUGGCAGUGAGGAAGAGUGUAUAAAAUGCUGUGAUAUUUUUAAAGUCCAGCCGGGUACAGGUCGACGGAACAGAAAAGUGAUGACAAUGGGAAUUGCAGGAGUCGGAAAAACUGUGUCCGUCAACAAAUUCAUACUGGACUGGGCAGAAGGAAAGGAGAACCAGGACAUUCAGUACAUUUUCCCUCUACCCUUCCGUGAACUAAAUCUGAAGAAAGAGAAGGAGUUCAGUUUGAUUGGACUACUGAAUAACUGCUUUUUCUCCUCAAAGCCUGCACUGAAGUCUCUUCCAGAGGAAGAUGGUAAAGUGCUGUUUAUUUUUGAUGGGCUGGAUGAGUAUCGUUACCCACUGGAGUUUAAAGAUGGAGAGGAAGUAAAAGAUGUGAAUGAGAAGAGUACAGUGGGCUCACUGAUCACAAAUCUCAUCAACAGAAAUUUGCUUUCCUUUUCUCUAGUCUGGGUAACUUGUCGACCAGCAGCAGCGCAUCUGAUUCCCCAGAAAUACAUCAAUCUGGUGACAGAAGUACGAGGAUUUAACGAUGAACAGAAGAAAGAGUACUUCACCAAAUACUGCAAAACAGAGGAUGUAGCAGAGAAAAUAAUUUCCCACAUAAAGAAGUUAAAGAGUCUCUACAUCAUGUGUCAAAUCCCAGUCUUCUGCUGGAUCUCUGCCACUGUACUUCAGCCACUGAUGGAUAAAGAGAGUGAGAAGAACAUCCCCACAACCCUGACAGAAAUGUACAUGAGUUUCCUACUGCAGCAGAAAAACCUGAUGAAGGAGAAAUACAGUCAGAAGACUGACCCUGAGCGCAUCAUUCUGAAGCUCGGUGAACUGGCCUUGACUAAUCUUGAGAGUGGAGAGCUGAACUUCUAUGAGGAUAAUCUUAAGGAAUGUGGGAUUGAUGUUACUGAUGGUACAGUGUUCUCAGGAGUGUGUACACAGAUUUUCAGCCAGCAGAAGGGAAUUUCUGAGAGAAACAUUUUCAGCUUUGUGCAUCUGAGUGUUCAGGAAAGCCUUGCGGCUGUAUAUGUGCAUCACUCCCACUGCAAUAAGAAGAAGAAUGUUUUCAAAAAGAAAGUUUUCAACAAACUUUUGUGGAUUAAUAAGAAGAUAACAGAUCUCCAUAAGAGUGCAGUGGACAGAGCUUUGCAGAGUGAAAAUGGACACCUGGACCUUUUCCUCCGCUUCCUCCUCGGCCUCUCUGUGGAGGACAGUCAGAAGGUUCUGACCGAACUUCUGCCAAACCUGAAGAUUAAAGCAGAGAGCGUUAGCAACACAGCUAUCUACAUUAAGGAGAAACUUAAAGAGGAAAUGCACUCUGAAAGAAGCCUGAAUCUCCUCCACUGCCUGAGUGAACUGAAGGACAACUCACUCACAGCUGAAAUCCAGAACUUCCUGAACUCAGGAACUCUCUCAAAACAGGAACUCUCAUCUACACAGUGGUCAGCUCUGAUCUUUGUGCUGAUGAUGUCAGAGGAGACUCAGGAGAAGUUUGAACUGAAGAAAUACAGAGCGUCAGAAGAAGGACUGAGGAGAUUACUGCCUGUGGUGAAAAUCACAGAGAGAGCUCUGUGA